AAGAUAAUAGUUGCUUUUCAUCAUGUCUGGUAGAGGUAAAGGAGGAAAGGGGCUCGGAAAAGGAGGCGCUAAACGCCAUCGUAAGGUUCUGCGGGAUAAUAUCCAGGGUAUUACGAAACCGGCUAUUCGCCGUUUGGCUCGUCGGGGGGGUGUGAAGCGCAUUUCUGGGCUCAUCUACGAGGAGACCCGCGGGGUGCUGAAGGUCUUUCUGGAGAACGUGAUCCGAGACGCGGUCACCUACACCGAGCACGCUAAGCGCAAGACUGUCACCGCCAUGGAUGUGGUCUACGCGCUCAAGCGUCAGGGACGCACCCUCUACGGCUUCGGCGGCUAAGUUGCCUUGUAGUCACGAAGCUUCUGCUUGUUCCAAAACGGCCCUUUUCAGGGCCACCCACUUGGUCAUAAGA